CUGCUCAGAUUGUGUCAGUAGUAUUAAAACGGUCGGUGGGCAUCCAGCUAAUUUUCCGCUUAUCUUCUGUGAAAUUUGAAAAGUGAAAGUGUAGUUGUAGAUAAAAAUACAAAAAGAAAAAAAAAUGGCUGAACAAAAGAAGGCUCCACUCCUCAGGAAAGAGGAAGAUUACGUGAAAGCGCUGGAUGGUUUCUUCACAAAAGAGGAUCAGGUUGCGUUGCUGCUCGAUUAUGAUGGCACAUUGGCUCCCCUCAGCGAAGAACUCUCCGCCAUGCCAAAGGAUACUGAAAUUAAUAUCAAAAAAUUGGCCGCCAACGAUAAAGUAUUUAUGGUUGUCUUCUCAGGACGCGAUUUAGCCGAAAUUAAGAACCAUCUGAAAUUCCCCAAUGUGACAUACGCUGGCAACCACGGUUUGGAAGUAGAGUACCCAUCGGGCAAGAAAUUCAAGAUUGAAAUGCCAGAGGAGCUUUUGAAGAAACAUCAGGAACUGGUGAAUGAGCUGAAAGAAAAGGUGGUUUUGCACGGCGCCUGGGUUGAAGACAAGAAAAUCUCCGUGACCUAUCACUACAAGGGUGUCAAUGACAAAUUGAAGGGCAAACUGAUUGAAACUGCAAAGGGUCUCAUUCAAGGACAUGGCUUCCAGCUAAUCGAAACACCCUACGCUUUGGAGGGCAAGCCACGCGUCAACUGGGACAAAGGUGAGGGUGCCAAAAUGAUUUUGGAGAAACACUUCGAUGCCGAAUGGUCCAAGAAGCUGAAGAUUAUUUAUGCCGGUGAUGACACCACAGACGAGGAUGCCAUGAAAGUACUCCACGGUUUGGGCAAAACUUUCCGCGUCUCGGAGCUGCCAACACUGAAGACUUAUGCCAAUUAUCAAAUCAAAACCGUUGAAGAAAUUGGCUGGUUACUGAAAGCCAUCCAAUCGGUUUAUGAAGUCAAGAAGAAGUAAAAAGUGCUUACUAGACAUAAAAAUUCCAAAAACAAAAAAAAAAGAAAA